ACAUUGUGGAACGACGUUCAACACUGCUGUUUGACCACACUCCUUCUACAAAGCCAACCCGUACUGAAAUCAAAUUAGCACGGGAUCUGCUAAAGGAAAUGUGUGUUAGUGGAUUUCCAUAUAUUAAAAGAGAAUUUUUAAGUGUCUUCACGAAUUUUUUGCAUACAAUUAAGCAACUUGACUAUGAAGCUUUGACACAGCUUCUUGGACGUUCAACAAGUAUUUGUGAGAAAGGAAAGAAUCAUGUUAUCGACGCAUUACCUUAUAUUGGCAGUCCUGCAUCAUAUCAGCUCAUGCGGGACCAACUUCUUACAAAUAGUGUACCUAAAAAAGUGGCACUAAACUGGCUUAACACUCUAUCAUUUAUAAGGCGUCCCGAUGAAGAUACUGUUGAAACAUUUUACACUAUUCUUGAAUUCUCGCGUGUCAAGGAUGAACCCGAAUACACAUUAUGUACAGCCGCUGUUAUACGCAGCUUUUGUCUAUAUCAUUCUAAUUGCAAACAAAAUAUGCGAGUUAAAUUGAUCACAAAUUCACUUGAAACAGAAUUUGUCAAAAUUUUUAAUUCAUUCCAUGGUGAAAGGCGUUUACAAGAACGUUUGAUUGUUAUAAUGAAAGGUCUUGGAAAUAUCGGCUUAUUAUCAGAACGAUUUAUUGUCCAACUGCAUGAAGUAAUAUUGGAUGAGAAUGUGUUGUUGAAUCUUCGUUUAGAAUCAAUUUAUAUAUUUAGACGGACUGAUUGUGCUUUACAUCGACCCUUAUUUUUAAAUAUCUUCUCAAACUUUAACAUUCAUUCAGAAGUACGAAUUGCAGCUUAUUUGCAAUUUAUGAUUUGUCCUGACUACUUUUCAAUCAAGCAAAUAAAAAACACUUUAAAAUUUGAAGAAAUUAAUCAAGUUGGGUCAUUUGUAUGGUCGCAUCUAAAGAAUCUAGCAAAGUCAUCAUCACCCUUAUAUAUUGCAGUCCAGACUUUGUUGCUUGAUGACGAUAUCUCGAAUAAAUAUGAAUUAGAUAUUCGAAAAUUUUCCCGUAACUAUCAACAAAAUUUAUUCUUCGACGAAUUGAAUUUCGGUAGCACUGUGGAUAUGAAUGUAAUUUUCGGUACAGAGUCAUACCUACCACGGAUGUUGACGUUUAAUUUUACAACUAACCUUUUUGGCAAUUCGGUAAACUUUUUGGAGCUUACAACAAGGGCCGAAGGUUUUGACGAAUUAAUAAGUUCGAUUAUUAUUCCGGAACAAUGGUUCAAUGAAGGAAGCAUAUUAAAAAAAAACGGGUUAAAACAUGUAUUGGAUAUAUUCGGAAAAUGGUCUGAAAGUUUAAAGAAAAAUAGUUCUGGUAAAACAUCAAAUAUUUCAAGCGAUAGUAAUUUUUCGUUAUUUAAUCAAUUCUCUAAAAAGGAAACAUUGCUUAAGAAUUCAUCUCUUGGAGAUGACUUAUGUAAAACUAAAUGUCUCCUGAAUCGAUCAAUCCUAAUUAAAGAUGUACAUAUUUACAGAAAAGAUUUACAAAAACUCAUUAAAAACAUGGGAUAUACACUUAAAUACGACUACAACAAUCCUAAAGCUUAUUUUGGAGUGCGCAUUUUUGGAAAUGACUUACAUUAUUAUGCUUUAAAUGGGAUACAUGAUUUCGCAAAGCUAGCCAAUGAAUUUAAUAUUUUGGAAAAUAUUUCGGAAAUACUUUCUGGCCAUGAAAUUACUUAUACGAAAUCAAAUAUAUUUCUGGAAGCUUCUUAUAUUGCGCCUCUAAUGAUUGGUUUACCGUUAUCAAUCGAUUUGUUUGGCGCUUCUUCUAUCGAUCUACGUACAUCAGGAUAUAUAAACAACACGAAUCCAAACGCUUCAGAAUGGAACUUCGGUAUAAAAGGCAAAUUGAAGCCAUCAAUAUUAGCUAAUUUUGUAGGGACAAUGAAAUCAGAUAUGUUUUAUGCGCAAUCUGGUAUUAAAGUGAAAAGUACUUUCUAUUCAAACACGGAAGUUGAAGCAGAACUUAUUGUUGAUGGUAAGAACUUAGUUUCAUUCUCGUUUAACUUACCACAAAAUACUAGUGAAGUUUUAAGUGUGCAAUCGGAGUUAAUCAAAAUCACAAAGAGUGAAAAUGAACCGCAGACUGGUAUUCAGUCUCGUAUAUCCAAUACUACUUGCACAUGGUCUUUGUUGGAAACUACAUUUGGUUUGAAAAUGUGUAUUGACUACAGCGUUCCAAAGCUUAAUAAUUCUAAACAAUCCAUCUAUCCUGGACAUAUUCUAAGUGGACCUCUGAGCUUCAGCAUUGUGUUAUCAAAAUCUGACCCUACUACAAAAAAAUGGACUUUCGAAUUUACAUCCAACAAACAAGAAAAUAACUCAAAGUGGUCAUUUAUAUUCCAUACGCCAGGAUCCUAUCAUGAACGUUCGAUCUCAGCUAAUAUUAAUAUGUGCCCAGAAAGCUUUAAUUCAUCAGUUCUUUUUACACAUGGACUCAAUAAAGCAGCAAUCAUAUGCCAAUAUUUAGGAGGUGCGAUUUACAAACGAUUCGAUUUUUUAUUACAAAUGAAUAACGUCAGUAGUCUUCAUUUGAAUAUGGAACUCAAACGCUUACAAGAACGAAAUAUAUGGAUUUACAAACCGAAAAUGUUAUUGGCCAUAAAUGGUAACAAUAUAACAGGAGCUGUGGGAACAAUGCGUGUAUGUGAAAAAAAUGGCAUAACACAAAACGACAUAGACUUUUCUUUUGAGACUCGUAAAUUGCAAAUGCUCAUGCGUGGUAUUAUGAUGCAGAGUGAGAUUACAAAAUCAGCAAAUAUCACCAUAAACUAUAGGUUUCAAACAAGUAAAAUAGAGAGUAUAUAUUUAGAAGGACGUCUACUAAAUUCUGGAGAUAAAUCGAAGAUGGAAUAUAAUGGAAGUAUUAAGCUUAGAUCUUCAGCACAUCCAAAACUAAAUUUUGCAUCAAAUGCAACUUGGCGAUCAUUGAAGGGCCACACUGAAGGUAUUUUAAGUUUCAAUAAUGCUCAAGGCUUUAAAGAUCCAAACUCCACAACUAUUUGGCAUUUAAUACUGUCGCGCUCCUACUCCGAAGAAAAUAUUUGGGAAGGUUCUCGUUCGUAUGCUCGCUUCAAUGUCAAGAUUCCUCGCUCUAAAGUCAACUUUAAACUAUUUGUCAAACACGAAGAGCGAUAUAAAAAUGGCAGUGAACACAAUAUUUUGGCUGAAAUUCAUUUAAGUCCAGAAAAAGAGGCCUUGCUUCUGUUUUCUGUACUAAUUCCCCAAAGCGAUCUGCUUACAUUCGAUGCUUCUUUCAAUAUUACUGCUUCGAAGUUCAACUCAAGUUUUGGACGCUUGAAAUUUAUGGAAACUGUUCCUAAAUCUUAUUUGAUUCAUUUUAACGGUGCUUGGUUCACAGAAGACUACAUUGUAAUURAAGUUAACUAUAAAAACCAUAACCGGCUACAGGCGCUGAAAAUGUUGAUAGAAACKGAUAGUUUUGAAGCUACAACAAUAAACGCUGCGUACCGAAGAACCCAAACAUUCACCUUUAGUAAUUUAAAAUUUAAAUAUGGCAACGAUCUAUAUGACUUUGCUAUGCAACUUAAUUCUCAACCUGACAAUGUUAAACCCGCUAUUUGUGAAAUACAUAUAAACUUAAAGGAAAAAAAGUACUGGCUUAAUUCCAGUUUGCUAAUGUCACAGCCAAAACUGUGGGAAGUGGAAAUACAUAUGGAUAGAUUGCGUGACAUUCGUAUAAAAUCUAGCGUACUGAAUUCAGAUGAACACAGGGAAAUAUCGUUUGAACUAAACUGGGACAUAAAUCGCGAUCCUUCGCAACGAAUAUUACUUUUUUUGGAUUGCAAAACGCCCUCAAUUAAUGAACGUAAUAGUCAAAUUUUAAUAACGUAUCCUGGACGCACUAUUACAUGCCUUUGUAAUACCCAAACCCGGUGGCCGGAAUAUUAUGGACAUUUUUAUACUUCGUGGGAUAUCAAUGAAGCAAUUAAUGUAAAAUACAGUCUCGGCCUUGGGUCUGGACAAAAUAAAAGUAAUUGGCUUCAUGCUGAGGUUCACACACCUUUCAAUGGUUGGAAUGUAAACACCUUCGAUGCAAGUUUAUCUAAUUUUUACAGUCUAUUAUUAGCCAAUACAUCGAUAAUGUGGGGUAAAAAUGAGCACAUUGAACUUGUUUACAAAUAUGAUGUUCUGGAAAAUAUUGAUAUUGGUUUUGGCUUAAAUAGCUCGCUUUUAGAAGUGCCAUCGAUAAGUUUAAAAAUACUUCAUUUGUAUAAUGGAAGCAAAAUAGAUACAGAUUUAAGUUUGCAUUACAGUAGCUUAAAUGAUACUAAAGCAUAUUGUUGGAAUUCAAAAUGGGAGUUAAGAAAAGGCCUUUACUACCAGAACAUCAGUGGUACAAUUUUUGUAAUCAGUCCGCAUAAAGAGUUUUCGAAAGGCGGUUUAGUUACAAAAUGGAGCCUUCAUAACAAAAGAAAUUUAAUCGGCGCAGCUUCAAUAACAUAUAAUUUACGAGAAAUCUCUUUAACUAUGAAUGGUUAUGUUAAUAAAUUUAAUGAUAAUAUGAUUACUAUUAAUAUAACAACUCCAUUAAACGAAUACCGCAAUAUAAAAGGUCGAUUCGGUGUAAUAGAAAGAAAACGCAACGUUGUUGCAGAAAUUCAAACACCAUCCACAGCUCUUGGAAUUGAGGUUUUACUUGAUAUUGAAUCUCUUGCUAAUUUUGAUGUUAAGUUUAGUGUAGCAACACCCAUUGAAAAUGUAAAACAUGCUGCCUUGUACGCGAAACUUAAAAGAGAUGCUGUAGAUAUGCGAGGCAUAUGGAAUAAUAUUACGAUUGGUUUCACCGGAGUUUCCUACAUGAACGAUUUAACAGAUUUUGAAUAUUCUUGCAAGGUAUAUACUCCUCUUAAAGACUUUGAGGAAAACGGGUUUGUCGUUAAGUUUUUAAAAGCAGAUUCAUUUGCACUACAUUUACAUUCAAGACUUUCACGAUAUGAGUGUGGUAUACAAAUAAAUGGAAAACCUAAAUCGGUUAUUUUAAAAGAAUUAGAUACCGAAAUGGUUGAUCUCGAAACAAGAUUUGAUGAAAAUUUCAAACCUCCGAAAAUUGACCAGAAAGACUACAGUAAUAUUGAAAAUUUCGAAUACGAAGAAUUUUUUUCUUAUAACAUAGACUUUCUCAUCGAUUUACUCGUCUGGCCUGCCGUUGAAGGCAUCCUGGAUAUUGAAGAAAUAUUAGACUAUUAUUUUAUCAAUGGGAACAUUAAACUUCCACAAGGCAUUGUAGAUAUACAAAAUAAUCUAUAUUUUCCAGAUUAUUUACAUAUAAUUAAUGUACUGAAUUUGGUAACACCUUUCGAUAGUACAAAAAAAAUAAUAUUGAUAACGGAACAUCAGGUUGACAUAUAUUUUGGGCAAUUCCAUGAAAAACUGUACUGUAGUAUCCACAACGCUGAAAAUUUUACGAACGAAGCCGGCAUUGAAGUUAAUUACAAUCAAAUCACGGACUUAGUAAAAUCGCCUGAAUAUUAUUUAAAUAUAAUUUUGGAAAUACCAUUGAAAAAAAAUCUAAAUGUUACUGGAAAAUUGCAUUUAGAGGAAAAUGUAUUCAAUGGUAAUUUGAUGACGACUACAGGCAAAACAUGUUUUUUGCUUACAGCAGCUGUCGAGUCUGAUCAAAAUUUUUUGGAAGCUUCCUUUGAUUACUCAUUAGAGGAAAGCUUGGAUCUACAGUACAAAGGAACUACGUACUUUAAACAGGAUCUUUCUAAAGAAGACAAAACUUUUGAUAUAAAAAUAGAAAUAAUUAACCAAACCGAUAUGAUCAAGUUUCAUAUCGAGUCUAUGUGGCAAUGUGAAAAUGACAAUGAGAAAAUAACUUCUAAUGGAAAAUUUAUAGCUACGUUACUACCUUUAAAAUUAUUUGAGUACACGUUUCUACUAAGUAAUGAAGAAAACCAGGAAAUUAAUUUUGAUAUAGUAUUUUCAAAUAAAAAUCGAAAUAAUUUUACUUUUGGCAUGCGAGCAAUUAAAAAAAAAGAAAUUAUCAAUGCGGAGCUAUGGACACCAAUGCAAAAUUUCAAAAAUAUAUCUCUCCAUGGUACUGUGACCCCUAGUUCUCCCAACCUAUACCAUAUUGAAGGAGUGUUUUAUCGUGAUAUGGUAACUUAUGAUAUAAAUGGUUUGGUUCAUAUGAAUGGACGAUUGCCAGUAAAAACACGGUUGCAAACACUUUCACUGCAUAACAAUCAAGAAGGACUCAUUGAAAUAAAUAUAUUAAACGAAGAAGAAAAAACAAACGAACUACGUUUUCAGUUCAAUGCUAUUGAAAAUGGGAAAAUAUGUAAAAUAUCAGGCAAUUAUUCAUACCAUAAUGAAACUGGUCUUCACUUGUCUGUAUAUAUUGAAUCAACGGAAACUUCAAUUGAACGAAUUUACGUUAAGACUAACUUCCAAUAUCCAGAAAACGAUUGUGUCACAGCCAAGCUUUUUGUAGAAACGCCGUGGCAUGAUAUGGGUCUUGGUAAAGUGAAUCUUUGGGCUGAUAUAAAAACGCGAUUAGAUUACGGGAAAUUAAAUGGAGGUUAUCAAUUCGAUUCUCAUAGUGGCUUUGGAAACUAUGAGUGGACUUGGAAACCUAUGGAGGACAUGCGUCUCUUAAUACAAAGCAGUAUUGAACAACCAAGUUCUAAUACAAGUAAUUUACAUUCGGAAAUAAAAUACAUAAACCCUAAUAAAACAUUCAAUGAUUUAAGGGUUUGUGCAAAAAUAAAUUUUAAUGCUAUAUGGUAUUUCGAAAUAAGUGGAAAUCUAAAUUAUGAAUCCAUUAAUAAUAUUGGAUUUGGAUUAUUAACACAUUGGCCUUCGGCAUACGAAGAUAUGCACGAUUUUAGUGGCCAAUACGAAGGAAAUAUAUUUAACCAAGAUGGGAAAGCAUUAGAAGUAUCCAUUGAAGGAAAAUAUUUUGCUAAACACACCGACAGGAGCUGUGUAACCCGUUUAUCGUAUAGAUAUCUAACCGAUCUACAUAGCUUAGUAAGUGUUGAGUGCAAAAUUGWUGGUAAUACCAACGUWGUCCGARCAGAUUUCCAAAURCUAAGAAAAGAGAAAACUCUUCKUGAAUUUUUAGCUACAUUAAUCACYCCAAAAUUUGAAAAUGAAGCUACAGUAUAUUUAAUGGGCUCGUAUAAUCGUAUUAAAGACAGCUAUCACUAUUUUAAUUUAUCUGUUAACUAUCCAGAUACCAGAACGGUCGGCGAUAUGGAUAUAACCAUCAAGUCGAUUGAAAACUUAAAUGGUAAAUUGAACUUCACCACGCCUUUCCUAAAAGCACCAUGGCUCAACACUUUAUUCAAUAUCAGCACAAAUGAAGGAUACCUCCAAAGGUUUUGUAGAGUUGAUUGGCCAACAGAUUUUACCUCCAUGAAAUUACAUCAUUUACGUUCACAACAUGACUUAAGUAAUGUUUUUGAGGGAGACGUUUCGUUARUAGUACCCUUAAAUACACGCCAUCUUGCUGACAUUAAAUAUAAGCUAAUUCAAAAACAAAAAAGUGAAAACGGUAUUCUUAAAGUUUUUUACAAUGAAAAAAUAUUUCUCAAUGGAACAUAUAAACGUUCAGAGCAAAACCUGACAAUCUUUAAAGAAAUAACUGAAAUUUUUUUAGAGAAUAAUAUUAAACCUGUGGGUAUUUAUUUCGAAAAUAGCACUGGCUUUCGCAAGGAAAAUUGUUAUUUAAAUACAAAACAUCUAGAGGUUUUUGAUUUUGGCAACCCAAAAAAAUACAACAUUACAUGGAAAUUGCAUGAAGUUAUAUCGGGAAAUGACAAAGAAACUAAGGUUUUGGUUAUUCAUCCAAAUCGUACUAUAAUUUUAACGACGACCUCCGAAAUAUCUUCAAAAUAUAAAAUUAAUCGUCGAAGUAAACUGGAACUAUCGAAAACCGCUUGGAUCGGAUAUAACCUUGUAAUCUCAAAUAAGAAUGAUAACAGCUGGCGUGAGGUUUUGGCAGAAUUAUCAUAUCCCAAACGUAAUUUAGUAGUAAAUGGCAGUUAUUUAACAACAUUAAAUUCUUUGAGAUCAAAUGCCUCUUUUGCGUGGUUUGGAGCUGACAAUAGUGGCAAUAAGGUAGUGCACACACAAUUUAUGUGGAAAAAUGAACCAUUACGACCAGACGACCGAAAUAACCAAACAAUAACUUUCAAUAUAGGACAUUAUCUUUUGGAAAAAGAUUUAACAAUGACGGUCCAUUUUUAUCGAGGGAUUAAAGAGCUAAUAAAGCUCAAAUUGUUUGUAAUCUACUCUACCAAUUUAGAACAUUUGAUCGAAAUGAGUACAUCUCUAGCCAAUUUAAAUUUUGGCGCUGGAUGUACAAAAUACAUCAUACAGUUUAUGGCUUAUCACAACGCUUCCGAAUUAGACGUUAAAUUUAAUGCGUCCACUACCAAACGACCGUAUUACUUCGAAAUAGAAUCAAACUCUUUAUAUAAGAGAGAAUACUUUCCGGAAAAAAUAGGACGAUUAUUGGUACUAUUUGAUUUAAAAAAUAAGGAGAUUGAAUAUUGGAGAAAAUCUCCAUAUACGACGGUACGUGUAUGGUUCCAACCGUAUUUGAAUUAUCCGACUUAUGGACUGAACGCUACAUUGUUGAAUACGCCAGAUGAAUAUACAUCUGGAUUUAUUUAUGUAAAUAUUUUGGAUAAGUAUACAAAGAUGUAUUUUAAUUUAACUGAAGAUGGAAGUCAAAAUCUCCAUAUGUUUGGCAAUAUUCAAAACUCACGUCACGUUUACGUUAAUAUAUGGCGUAAUUACGAAGAUCUAAGUAUUGUUGAUGUAACAUCCUAUAUAAAAUUAAACCAUUCACGUCAAAUAAGUGGGUGCUUGCAUUGGCGUCCUCAAAUAAAAAAAGAACUUAAAAACAAAAUAUAUAUCAUUAAAGAAGCUGUAGUAAAUUCAGUUACUGAAAGCAUUGACUUUUGGACAAAGGGAAUUUACAUAGAAUCAGUAUCUGCAGUUUCAGUUGUUUGGAAAACAACAAAAGAGUACAAUAAAGAUUUCAUUGAGGACUUUAGCACUUUUAGUGUUUUAGGAGAAGACCUGGAAGAUUUACGAAUUUAUUUAAACAAGUCCUAUGAAGCAAAUGAAUUUUAUAUAAGAUCCCUUGUUAACUUCUCACUUAUUAUACUUGACGAAAUAUCCUUUCGGGAACAUAUGGACUCUUUACCGGCUAUAUUUAGCGAAAUAAGGCAAAUUUUAGGUGAAUCUGGUAAAGCUUUGCGAAAAAGCAUCACUCAGUUAAUAGACAAGCUUAAAAUUAUAUACGAUAAUUAUAUAGAAGCCUUUAACACAUUCUUCCAUGGGCAACCACUGAAAUAUUUAACCGAUUUCAUGGAGAAAGGGUUUGAAAGGUAUGAAAAAUUUGUCAAGGAAAUUCAUAUAUCUUUUAUACACCAUGUAGAAGCUAUAUGGAGCAAAUUCUCUAACAUAAUUUCAACGUAUGUAAGAGGAKUUUUAACGCGACUUGAACCUCACAUAUUCAAAGCAAUUAGUUACUUGGAAAAAAUUGCGUGGGAUUUUAGUAAAGAGAUAUUUAGUUACAUCAAUGAGAGGACGAAUGAAUUGACAGAAUCAACAUAUUUUAAUCAAGUUUCCAGUUUUACAGAAGACUUAGAAAAUUUGUAUAAGGAUGUAAAAGCACAUGAUGCUAUUGUAAAUAUAAAAAAAUAUGCUACUAUUGCUUGGAAAAUAAUAAAGGAGAAAUAUCACAAACUUAUCCCCUUUGGAUCAGAACUAAAUGAAGUAAUUCUCGAAAUCUGCGAUGAAAUGAAAGAGCUGGAAAAAGUAAAGCAGGUGCAGGUUGUGAUUAAUAAAUUUAGGAAGAUAUCUUCUGAAGUAGAACUGUUUGCUGAAGAAAUAAAACUAAAGGAACAUUUGCAUCACUUAUACAUUCUGCUUCGUAACAAACUGCGCACCUGCUCGUCUAAUGCUUUGGACUUAGCGAACAUGUAUCGCGAAGCAAAAACUAAAUUCGUAUUCGAUCCAGAAAACGGUGUACUUGAUUUCGAACAAAAGUUGUCAAUAUCGUGGCACGCAUUUAAUGAAACACCAAAAUUCAAAGAAAUACCCGAAUAUCAAUUUAUAUCACAAAUGCGAAACAUGUUAACUACGAACAUGUCAAUAUUAGGACACAUCUACAACUUGCGAUCGUAUAUGGAUGCAAAAACAUGGCUGCAACCAAAUUACUCGCGUGCAUACUUGAUAGACUCAAUGUUCCUCAUCACACAUGACAAACGUUUUGUCGAUCUAAAAAAGAAAGUCCAUCAAUUCAGCAAUUGCACCUAUAUUUUAUCACAUGAUUUUUGGAACAAUACGUUCACUCUUACCAUUGAUUUGACGAAUAUUUCACAGCACAGUUAUGAAAGCCCCCUGGCUAAAAUAAAUCUUAUUACUAGAGGUCAUUCAUUUGAAAUUGAUCCAAAAACCGAUACCAUAACAGUUGAUGGCAUUACGAAUCCUAUGCUGCCUAUUAUAGUCGAAGAUUUGAUCGUAUACAGAGACUCAGAUAUACUGAAAAUAAAAUGUGAAGUGGGAUUUAAAGUUGCGUGCAAUAUGAAGUUCAGUUUGUGUUGGCUGGAACUUAGUGGACGCUAUUUUGGCCAAACUGCUGGGUUACUAGGCACAAUGAACAAUGAACCAUUUGAUGACUUUAUUACUCCCUCCAACAUAAUUGAAAAAUCUGAUGCUGUUUUUUCUGAAGCCUGGAUCAUAAACUGCUGCAAUAGCACCAUGGAACAGACAAAUGGUUCAAUUACUGAAUUCGUCGAAAUAUGCAACCAACUAUUCUCACCUUUAAACCAUUGCUCAAUCGUCAUGGAUGUAGCGCCUUUUCUAAAUAUUUGCAUGGAAUUGGGUAUUAUGAAUCGGAAAAAUCCUAAAAAUCCAUAUCUUAAGGGCCCGUGUACUGCAGCAUUAGCUUAUAUUGAAAUAUGCCAAUACGCUAAAAUACCAAUGCGUGUUCCCCAACAAUGUGUAAUGUGCGAAAUUAAUAAUGGUGUCUAUGUUCCUGAAAGCACCUUUAUGGAAUAUAACAUAAAUAAUGUGUCUCAUAGCAGCGAUAUAGUCCUUUUAGUUGAAGCAAACGAGUGCAAUAAAUUCAGCUUGGAGAAUUCAAUAGUUUCAGCCCUCGAGGAACWAUUAUAUAAGCAGAGAUUUAUUAACAGCAGAUAUGCCGUCAUAGCGUAUGGUUCGCAUCUACCACCUUUUCAUUAUCCCCGAACAAUUUCAAAAGAAAAUGUUGUUUUUAUCAACAGUACUAAUAUUCURCGUMAAUACCUAAAGCAUAGCACAGCUUUCUCAAAAAGUUAWKAUGGAUCUACUUCAAAGAGUGAUAUGAUGCAUGCUAUUUCCAUAGCUGCCAGAUUAAAUUUCCGAACAGGAGUUUCAAAAACGUUUAUAAUAAUAUCUUGUAGCCGAUGUGACAUAAAACAAAUACGAUUUGAUUAUUCAUCCAUAUUACAAUAUAUGAGCGACGAAGGAGUUAGUUUACAUAUUAUCACCAACGCUGAAUUUAACGUUGAGAAACCUCGUAAAAUACGUCAUUUUUAUGGUUCCAAUCGCAGCCUUGAAGGUAGUAGCGAACUACGUCAUACUGCUUCAAAUAGCAGCUUCGGGAUAUGUGCGCAAUUAGCUUUAGAUAGUGAGGGAUCUGUUUUCAGCGUUAAACAUAAGGGUACAAUUAUACGAUUAGCAACUAGUUUUGCCAAGCGGAUUGUACAAAGUGCAAUUUCAAAGGGUAAUCAAACAUGCGAAUGCACUGGCCAUAACACUGGUUCGGCGUAUAUGGUAUGCACAAUGAAGAAAUCGUCUAAUAAAAUACCAAAUAAUGAACAAAACGAUAACGAUUUCUCCGAUUGGGACUGGCAAUUUGAAGAUUACACUGUGAACUAAGCUUUUUU